UCCCUGUGAACUCUGCAGGCUGUGAGUCUUGAGAUGCCUCGACAGCAUUGUGCCUUUAUCUCCUCACCUACAACAUGGAAGCAGACAUCAGAAACAUCUCCUGACAGACACCAAUCAUCGUCCUCUUCCUCACCUCCUCUUCCUCCUUCACCCUGUUGGUUCCUCCUGGUUCUCCUGACCUUGCUCUGUUUACUCUUCUGCCCAGCUGAGGCGGCCUGGUAUCGGGUCGGGGUGGUGGGACCGUGGGGUUGUGACCCUCUCUUUGCAAAGGCUCUUCCCAGUGUGGCUGCACAGCUCGCCGUCAAUCGCAUCAACAAAGAUCCUUCGUUGUCCUACGCUGUGACGUUCGACUACAGUGUUCUGCAGGAACCAUGCGAGACGUCGAGGGCUCUGGAGGCGUUUGUUGGUUUCCACACCAAGGCCUCAGGGUACAUCGGACCGGCCAACCCCGGCUACUGCGAUGCUGCUUCAAUGCUGAGCAAAGGAUGGAACAAAGCGUUGUUUCCUUGGGGUUGUGUUGGCUAUGAGUUGGACGACGUUCGGAGCCACCCGACCUUCGCCCGUUCCAUGGCAAGGCCCACCUGGGUGCUGAUCAGCAUCAUGAGCUAUUUCCGGUGGGCCCAUGUUGGUAUUAUCUCAUCCUCAGCGGACAUCUGGGUGGAAACGGCUAUCAAGGUGGCCGACUCACUGAGGAGUCAUGGUAUGCCGGUCAGACUGGUCAGUUUUAUGGAGAACACACCUCAUGGCAUCAGACGAACUCUGGCAAAACUCCGCAAGAUGAGAGAAAUACGAGUUGUGAUUCUCUGCAUGCACUCGGCUCUGAUCGGCGGCUCAGCCCAGAAGCUGCUGCUGGAGACGGCCUACGACAUGCAAAUGAUCGACGGCUCGCUGGUGUUUGUGCCCUACGACACUCUGCUCUACAGCCUGCCCUACCACAACGUCACCUACCCGGCCCUGAAGAGCAACAGCAAGCUGCUGCGAGCUUACGAUGCCGUCCUCACCGUCACCAUUGACUCCCCACAGCUGUCCUUCUAUGAGGCCUACAGAGAGGCCAUGGAGAGGGGAGAGGUGGCCAAGACACUGAAACCACAACAGGUGUCUCCUCUGUUUGGAACCAUCUACAACUCGGUUCUGUUCAUGGCUCACGCUGUGCAUCGUGUUCGGGAGGCCAGAGACUGGAUGUCUGGAGGAAACCUGGCCCGACACACCCGGAACCUGGACUUCCAGGGCUUCAGCCACCCCAUGAAAACCAACAGCUCUGGAGCUGCUCUGCUGGAUUAUCUCAUACUGGAUACAGACGGACUGUCCUGGCAGCUGAGGCCGACAUACAGGAUCGACAUGGAGUUCGGAAUGGUUCGAUUCCUGGGUCGAGACAUCCACUUUCCUCGAGGUUAUGGACCCAGGAAGGAUGCUUCCUGCUGGUUUACAGCUGGAGUUAUCUGCUCAGGAGGUAUUUAUACAGCAUGUAAUAUACAUCCAUGUGUUUUGGAUGUUUUGACUGACUGUCAACAACUUUUUUGUUUCUUGUUGCCAAGGCGACACAUUAAUAAGAUACGACUGGUCCGAGGUCCCAACAAGAUCCUGCUGACUCUCGCUGAUGUCACGUUCAUAAACCCAUCACUUAGCAAUAAGAAGCUGAGUCUGGACGACAGCAGGGCCAGCGGCAUGAAGAGUGUUUCUGAACACAGCGUCGCUUCACCAAUCUCAACCCAAUCACCGGCCACAUACGAAAACUCAAACGUUGUCAUUUUUGAGGGUGACUGGGCGUGGCUUAAGAGACUUCCUGAUGGGACGUUUAGCAGCAUCAACCCCAAAACCAGCAAUGUGUUUGAACUGAUGAAGGACAUGCGUCAUGAGAAUGUGAACCCUUUCUUGGGUUUCUUUCAUGACUGUGGUGUAUUCGCCAUUGUGACUGAGUUCUGCUCCAGAGGUAGCCUGGAGGAUCUGCUGCUGAACGAAGACGUCAAACUGGACUGGAUGUUCAAGUCAUCUCUGCUGCUGGAUCUUAUUAAGGGUAUGAAGUACCUCCAUCACCGCGAAGUGAGUCACACCCGUCUGAAGUCCCGUAAUUGUGUGGUGGAUGGACUUGUCCUGAAGGUCACGGACUACGGAUACAAUGAGGUCCUAGAGGCUCAGAGAUUCCCAUUCAUUGAACCACGUCCAGACGAGCUACUGUGGACGGCUCCAGAGAUCUUAAGGUCCGGUCAGCCGGGGCUCCAUGGGACUUUACCUGGUGAUGUGUACAGCUUCGCAAUCAUCAUGCAGGAGGUGGUGAUGAGAGGACCUCCCUGGUGUUUCUGUGCUUCAGAGAUCAUAGAAAAGCUGCGUAAGCCUCCUCCCCUGUGUCGCCCGGUAGUCAGUCCGGACUACGCUCCGUUAGAGUGCCUCCAGCUGAUGAAACAGUGCUGGAACGAACAGCCGGACAAAAGGCCGACCUUUGACGACAUCUUUGACCAGUUCAAGAACAUCAACAAGGGGAAGAAGACCAACAUCAUUGAUUCCAUGCUGAGGAUGCUGGAGCAGUACUCGUCCAACCUGGAGGAGCUGAUCAGGGAGCGAACAGAAGAGCUGGAGAUCGAGAAACAGAAGACGGAGAAGCUGCUAACACAGAUGCUGCCUCCGUAAGUCCGUGGCGAGGCCUUGAAGGUUGGCGGUGCAGUUGAACCAGAACAUUUUGAUCACGUCUCGCUCUAUUUCAGCGACAUCGUUGGCUUCACCACCAUCUCAGCCAACAGUGAACCCAUCGAAGUGGUUGACCUCCUCAAUGACCUCUACACGAUUUUCGAUGCCAUCAUAGGAAACCAUGACGUCUACAAGGUGACACAAUUUGGUGACGCCUACAUGUGGCAUCAGGAGUUCCCGUCCACAAUGGCAAACCGUCACGCUGCAGAGAUCGCCAACAUGGCUCUGGACAUCCUGAGUGCUGUGGGAACCUUUAAAAUGAGACACAUGCCUGAUGUUCCAGUUAGGAUACGAAUUGGUCUGCACACAGGACCAUGUGUAGCAGGUGUGGUUGGCCUCACUAUGCCUCGCUACUGUCUGUUUGGGAGACACUGUGACCCACCAGCCUCUCGGAUGGAGUCCAGCGGGUUGCCCUACAGGAUCCACGUCCACCAGAGUACAGUGAAAGUCCUACGGGAUUUAAAUCUGGGCUACAAGCUGGAGCUGAGAGGAAGGACAGAAGUUCGGGGGAAAGGAACAGAGGAGACCUACUGGCUCGUAGGGAGAGAUGGAUUUACCAAACCUCUGCCUGUUCCUCCAGAAAUCAAGUCCGGGUAG